GGCCCGGUCGAAUGCUGUGAUCUAACAUAAAUAUACUCCUGAUUUUUACCUAGGUGUACUAUGAACAGGCCUAUAUUAACCCUAGCAAGACGGAUACCAUCUCGAUCUCGACCAUUCUCAUCAACUUUCCACCGUCUCAACAUCCCAUCUUGGCCGAAUCCACCCGUCCCACAGUCUCCUGUAGGCCCAUCAGGCAAUCUCUCUUCAUCGCCCCAGCAGUCAGAACAGUAUCGGUAUCAUGGUAAACAGGAGAAGACUUUCUGGACGGAAUGGCUCUCUAGUCCUUCUUUCCAAGCCGCAUUGACCACUAUAGUGGGCUUGGGAAUAGUCUUUGGUGGUGGAAUGGCUUAUCUGGAGUGGUACAAGGCGCAUGUGCUUCACCGUAUUAUGAGGGCAUUUGAACCUGGAUAUGAUCCAGCCUUGGAAUUGUCAAAGCUCAAUGGCCCCAAUGCUUCCCAUGUAAAAAGAAGGGAGCAGCCAUUGAUCGAUGGUAUUGUCAGAGGAGAAGAAAAAGGCGGUUACUAUCUUGUCAUCGGCCCUAAGGGGACAGGGAAAGGUACUAUGAUACUCGACGCUAUGCGAAAGAUCAAUGCCGACGGUGUAUCUUUCUGUGAAGCUCAUCCUGAUUUGGAAGUUUUUCGACUACGGUUCGGUAAAGCUCUAGAUUUCGACUAUUAUGAAGACUGGCAGGGUUCUCUGUUCUCUCGAGCCGACCCGCGUAAUGGCGGCCCAGCACUGGACAUUGAAAGGGCGUUGAACAAGCUUGAAAAGGUGGCUCUGAGAUACGCGCUGAAAAAUGGGAGACCGUUGGUCAUGGUGUUUAACAAUAUACAUCUUUUCCCCAACACACCGGAGGGACAUGGAAUUUUGCAUCAGCUGCAGCAACGAGCCGAAGCUUGGGCUGAGGGUGGAAUCCUUACUAUGGUUUUCUCCAGUGAUGAUUACUGGUGCCUCGACGUCAUGAAGAAGAAUGCUUCUCGUAUGCGUAUCCUCUCAGUCUACGACCUUUCAGCUGCAGAAUCACUACGUGCGCUCAGACAUCUCCGUCGACAAGAACUGGCCAACCAAUCCGCGAGGAGUUUGGUAUCAGGUGAUCUUGAGCUUGAGAAUGAUUCAGUGUUGAGGAGAGUGUAUGAACUUGUUGGUGGACGAACGAGUUAUCUUGCAAGAGUUGCCAGGGCAGAUGAUAUGCUGGGAGCAGAAGAGGCACAAGCGAUGAUUGAAGACGAAAAGCAGUGGCUUUUAUCAAAGAUUGGUCUGAUCCCUGAACAUGAUGAUGACGUUAUGGAUGAGCAAAAAUGGGCAAGCUGCUCAUGGCUCAUUCUGCGACACUUGGCCAACGCUGCUGAGCCUCUUCCCCCUUACCCAUCCAUUUUCCCGCCAAUUCCUCUGGAAUCUCCCGAUGAUGCUCAUCUUGAAAAGGAGGAUGAUCACAAGCGUUCUUCAAGCGCUGUAAACGUCACCCCGCCAAGAGAAAUAUCAAGCGCAGAUAUACAUCUUCCCAAGGUGACUUAUGAGGAGGCGAGGCGUAUCAUGACCAGAGCGGAUUUCUUGGAGGCGUUGGAUCAUUAUCAUAUCGUUUCUAUUGACAUUCACCAUAAUGUAAGGCCCGACUCUACACUGCUGCUUCGUGCAGCACAGCAAGUAGUUGCAGAGGAAGGCUUUGAUGACGCGUUGGACCAGACGCGCGACCGUGUUGACCAAAUCGAAGGUCUUCACCGACAGAACGAAUUGACUGUCAAGGAGCCCUUCCGAGUUACGUUCGACAAAAGGGACGGGAAGCCAGUAUGGGAGGUGGUUGGUCUUGGAGAGAGCUUUGUACCGGAGGAGAAGGAGGAGGAAGAGCGGCUUGUAUGAUAACGCGGUGGAUGUAUUUGGGACGCGUAUAUUAGAGGGCGGUGACGUGGAUGUGAUGUUUUGCGAAAUACGAAAAAUUCAGGGGCGGGUUAUUUUUUCCCUGGGUUGUAAUAAUAAUGAAUCAUUUCAG